CUCCCGUCACUGUAAACCUCCUUUGUCUAGAGCGCGACACAGCUGCAUGUUCAUUAUUCCACGACAUUACAUUUGAUUUUAAAAAUAAAAACGGAUCUCGAUAUUCAAAACGCCGACUACUAUUCGUCGUUAUCAUUUUAAUACAAGAUGUCUGGCUCCGGCUAUGAUGCGGUCGUCGACGUAGACGACGAGGCUGAUCUUGGCCACACCGAUCUCCAAGAUGACCUCGAAUUCCACACCUCGAAUUUCAAUGAGGGCACGCAGGGCCGCCGCAAGGGCGCUCCUGGUGGUUCUGGCCUCCCCCCUCCCGUAUCCGCGUCAUCCUCUUCUACACAGAAACGAUUCCUCUGGACAACGUCCUUUUACGCGCAAUUUUUCGAUGUUGACACUUCAGCCGUCAUGUCGCGCUGCUGGGCGGCUUUGUACCCUCGCUCCAACUUCCUUGACGUCCUAGAAGGCAACCCCGACCUCUAUGGCCCGUUCUGGAUUGCGACGACCGUGGUCCUUAUCCUCUUCCUUGGCGGAACAAUUAGCGACAAGCUGGCCCAAUCCGGUGCCGCGCCGUUUGCGUAUAACUUCCAAUUACUCAGCGGCGCGGCCGGCCUCAUCUACGGCUACACGCUCUUCAUCCCGAUGGGCCUCUACCUUGCCCUGCGAUACUUUGGAAGCGAAUCGGCAAACUUGCUUGAGUGCUGGGCCCUAUAUGGCUAUUCCAACCUUAUUUGGAUCCCAGUUGCCUUGAUUAGCUGGUCUCCCAUCUCUAUUCUCAAUUGGGUCUUUGUCGGCGUUGGCUUCGGCAUGUCUGUCGCUUUCCUCUUGCGCAACCUCUACCCUGUCCUCAGCGCAACAGACAAGCAAGUCAGCAAGAUCCUGCUUAUUGUUGUAAUUAUUUUACACGCCGCUCUUUCUCUGACGAUCAAGAUUCUCUUCUUCGCUCAUGGAAGUCCUGUAGCGGCCAAGCCCGCGGAUCCUCCCAAGGACGCGCCUGUUGAGAAGCCCCCAUCAAUGUUUUAAAGUAGCAUAGAGCGAGUUGAACAAAUAUAUCAUGACAUGGAAAAGAUGUUGUAAUUUGAACAAUUGUAGAAGGAGAUACAACACCCUGUGUCUAUUCUUACAAUGUAGCUUUAUAUGAUACUCAGUGUGAGACUGUCUGAUCCCAGCCUAAACAACUUCAUCAUUAGUCGUUCUUCUUGGAGCUAGAAAAGCUAGAGAGUUUCUCUACAGGGCCAUUCUGCUCCUGCCAGUCCAGCCACGAACCAGGGUACUCGCCAAUCUUGUUCCAGCCAGCGUGCUGAGCGAGGGCGGCAGCAGAUCGUGCUCGUACACCAGCUUUGCAGUAGAAUACCAGUGUCUUAUCCUUUCCUGGUCGCUCGAAUCCAUACAUGUCCUCAAAAUCUUGGUCCGAAACAUGGAAGCUCUGAACCGCCGAUGUGAUUGGAAUAUUGAUGGCGCCAGGGAUUUUGCCAGUAUCUAUCAGCUCGGCAGGCUCGCGAACAUCUUCCUUAGUUAGCUACCAAUAUAUCAGUGGAAUUAGCCCCAUGGAGAACUAGUACUCACCAACAAGGACGAUAUCUGUUCUUGUUUCAUGGUUCUCGGCCUGGUCCUUCAUCUCCUUGAAGCCCCAAAUCUUGCUGCCAGGGACAGUGUUCUCCUCGGACCUGGUGCUGUACCAUUGGCUAGGUGUAGCCUUUGGCUGUGCCACUCUGCUCAUAGACACACCAUUUCGGCAUACUCUCGUGGACGCAUGGGGAAACCUUGACAAUGCCGACAAGCUCGCUGGGCGGGCAACGAAUCUGGUAACAGUAGCUGCGUCAAUGCAGAGGCUGGUGAGGCGGCGACUGGCCAUUGUCGGGUUUUAAAUGUAUUAUAAAUUAAUGGUAUUGUUUCCCAGAAGUAUAUUAUAUUCUUCAAAGUGCCUGUACAACGUGUGAUGGAAUUGGCUCGGAGGUCGCAAUGUAGUUGAAUUGGG